AUACCUUGCAGCACGAGUGGCCAGCAUAAAUAACUCGUAACUAAUUUACUACCAAUCUCGCCUUGGCUAGCGUAGGAAGUCCAGACUAUACUAAACGUGAAAUGAGUGAUUCCAAACAAAACGGCUACUCCCCUGAGGGAGAUCCGGUGUCGUGGAAGCAACAGGAAGCGGAAGCGCUCUCCUCGGACGGCUCCGCCACGACGUCAAGUGACGGACCCAAGCUCAAACGGCGGGAAGUAUGGGCAAACAAACUGGACUUCCUGUUGGCCUGCAUUGGGUUCUCUGUCGGUCUAGGGAACGUGUGGAGGUUUCCUUUUCUGUGUUACAGAAAUGGAGGGGGUGCCUUUUUGAUUCCCUAUUUCACGGCCGUUUUCCUCGGUGGUAUACCAGUGUUCUUUCUAGAAGUGUCCUUAGGACAGUAUAUGUCGGAGGGUGGUAUUGGUUCAUGGAAAAUAACACCCUUAUUUCAAGGAAUUGGCUAUGCGUGCACUAUUAUUGUGUUCCUGCUAAAUUGCGAGUACAACAUUAUCCUAACCUGGACCUUUUACUACCUGUUUUCCUCUUUCAAUUCCGUGUUGCCCUGGUCUCAUGGCGACAAUGAUUGGAACUCGGAGUUCUGUCGACUUGCUACAAAGAAUAUGACUGCCACCAACACAACAAGUCUUUUGUCAAUGGUCAAUAACACAGUAACAACCGUGGCAUAUUCAAUUGCCAAUAGCACCACUACAAGCGAACCAAUCAAGUGUGAUCCUGUCACAGAAUUUUGGGAGAGAAAAGUGCUGCAACUGUCCAGCGGUGUGGACCACGCUGGGACCGUCAAGUGGGAUCUGGCCCUCUGCCUUCUCUUAUCAUGGAUAGUCGUCUAUGGCUGCAUAUGGAAGGGCAUUAAAUCCUCGGGAAAGGUCAUGUACUUUACUGCCACCAGCCCUUACGUACUGAUGCUGAUACUUUUGAUUCGUGGGGUCACGCUGGACGGGGCUGCCGAGGGCUUGAAGUUCUAUUUGUUUCCUAAGUGGGAAAAAUUGGCUGAACCACAGGUGUGGGUUGAUGCAGGAACACAGAUUUUCUUCUCCUAUUCCAUCAGUUUAGGAACUCUGACUGCCCUGGGAAGUUAUAACAAAUUCAGACAUAACAGUUACAGGGACACUUGGAUUUUUGCGGCAGUCAAUAGUUUUACUAGUAUACUGGCAGGUCUUGUUAUAUUCUCCGUCCUAGGAUUCAUGGCCAAAGAACAGGGCGUGUCUGUAGAAGACGUCGCUGAAUCAGGUCCGGGGCUAGCAUUUAUCGCUUACCCAACUGCUGUUGCUCAAAUGCCAGUUGCUCCCCUUUGGUCCAUCUUGUUUUUCAUAAUGAUCGUUUUAUUGGGACUUGAUAGUCAGUUUGUAGGCGUUGAGGGUUUCGUUACUGCGUGUGUAGAUAUGUACCCUCUCUAUUUACGCCGAGGAAAAAGGCGGGAAAUUUUCACCUUAAUCAUCUGUAUAAUCUGCUUCCUCAUAGGACUCUCCAUGGUUACUGAGGGCGGAAUGUAUGUAUUUCAGUUAUUCGACUACUACUCGGCCAGCAGAAUUGUUCUUGUUGUUGCCUUCUUCGAGUGCAUCGUGGUAGCUUACAUAUACGGUAUUAAUCGUUACUAUGACAACCUGGAACUGAUGUUUGGAUUCCGUAUCUCGAUUGUCAUGAAAUAUGCCUGGCUCUUCGUUACUCCCGUGUUCACAUUAACGAUCUUCAUAAUGGGGGCUAUCAGCUAUUCGGAACUUACGUAUAAAAGGAAAACCGUAGAGUACCAAUAUCCCUCCUGGGCCAUAGGCGUCGGCUGGACGUUAGCCAUGGUUUCUGUCAUAUGGAUACCUAUCAUUUUUGUUAAAAGAGUUAUUGAUGCCAAGGGGUCACUUGCUCAGAGGUUAAUGCUUACAACUCGUCCCAUUUUGAGGAGACAUCAGCUGCGUCAAGGUGAAGACCUUAGUAAAAUUCAGCUGGAUGAAAGCGACUUUACAGUGCCCGGGGCGACUGCUGGAGAGGACGAUUAUUCACGUGAUGUACCUCUGCUGGCUAACAGUGUGGAAUUACAGAAGCUGCAAAAUCAACAGAAUGGAACAAACAAUGUUUAGUGUUGUUACACAUGUUCAGCUUUUAACAAACUUCAAUGCAAAUUUGUUCACUUUUUACAAAUGACCAUGUUCACGAAUUGUUUCUCAUUUCAAAGAAGUCAGGAACUAAAACUAUUUGGCAGCAUGCAGUGAUUUUGUAGAAAGUACCCAACGCCAGCCAAGUCGCGGUAAUGGUACCGUGUCAACUAGAGAACUGCAAAAACAAUAUUCUGCUAAUUUUCCGUGGAGCUUCCUAGGGAAUUCGCUGAAUUGUUCCGUUUGAUCUCGGAAAGCAAAUCAUCAUUUGUUGUAUUAAUAUAUUGUAUAUAAUGAUUUUACAGGAAUUAACUUUAGAAAAAGAUAUCAUUACCACUUGAACAUGUGGGGUUUUUUUUAUUAAAGUACUGACAACGAUUUUUUAAAAUCAAUUUUUAACUCUCAACCUUGUGAAACAAU